UUAGGCACUCAACGAUGAAGCUAGGGAUAAUAAUCCAAAAGAUGAUCAUUCUCCUCCAACUGACAAUCGUAAUGCCGAGGAAACGGGUAAGAUACACCAGCAUAGAAGAUACUAGUAUGGAAGGAGACGUAUUCUACUACAGAGAAUGCAAGGGUUCAACGCCUCGGCCGGGCACGGGAUUGAAGCAUGCACGGGUCACCCCUCCCCCUCCCCGGCAGCUGAUGAUGAUGCAGUGCAAGAUGUGCGUGACGGUGUGCUGCGGGGACGAAUGUCAGUGCAAGAACCCGGCCCCCUUGGAGAAGAUCCAGCAGGCCAUCGGGGAAGUCCAGCCGGAGAAUUCCGAGUGUAAAUCCUGCGUCAACAUGUGCUGCGGGAGCGCCUGCCAGUGUAAGGACCAGCUGAUGCCCACAGCAGACGAGAUCGAAGCGAACCGAACCACCACUCCGAGCAGCGUGACGGCCAAACCGGAGGAAUCACAGGAGGGCCGCGUCGCUUUCACCGUCAAACAUUUGAAUCGCGAGGCGUUCGUCGAGCCGACAGUCGCGAGAAUAAUAAACAUGCUGUGCAAGGACGACUUCGAUAUCGUGGGUGUGGACGAGGGGAGCGGGGACAGAGGGCGAACGAAAUCUUUAACACUGAACAUAGUGAAGAAAGUCGGCCGAGAGAAGGGAAACGUGACGCUCAUUUACGACGAAACGGCCUCCAGAUAUGAUUUCUAUCAUUUCUGCGUCCUCAACGUCGGCGCUCAGAGGAAACACAUCGACGAUACAAUCGACAAACUGGUCAACACGAGUAGAAGGGACUCGAGCACGCGCGACUAUAUCAGAAGAGUCCUAAGCCACGACGGGGACAUCAGCGCUAUACUGAAGGACCUAGUCCGAGUUACGCUGCAGAAGGUGGAUCUCAUGAAGAAAAUGGAUAGCAGAAGAAAGAAUGCGGCAGAUAAUAUGGACGUCGAAGAUUCGGAUGCAAAUAUUUUAAUUUAGUCAGACUCUAGACCCCCCUAGGACCAACGAAUAGAAUAACUUCAACAAGUAUUCGAAACAUGUAUAUUUAAAAAGCAACUUAGUAAUCAUGCUUUAUAAU